AGGCAAGCAGAGAAGAGCCGUGACACGUGGGUGCACAUGGAGGCGAAUUGAUCGAUGUACAGCAGCUUUUGCCAUGACCUAGCCUUGCAGCAGGCUCUCCCCGCGCAUGCGCCGUUUGCGGUCUGGAGUGGUGCUGCCGACUGCGGAUGUGGACGAGAGUGCCGCCAGCUUUUACGUCUUUCGCGAUGACAUCGUGAUGUUCCCCAUCUCCUACUCGAUCCCAAAGGACCGGAUCCUGGCGGAGGUGCCACAGAAGACGGCGCUGGUCAUGAACGACUCCAUGAAGUCUUUCCAGUUCAAGAACUACAAGUUUGGCCCGCACCAGGAAGAAGAGUACCACCAGCACAUCCAGCAGCAUUACUUCGGUGACACCCGGCGCAAGGGCGGCUUCGACUGCUUGAGGCACUAUGAGCUCAUGGCCAAUGGCUGCGUGCCCAUUUUCCACGACCUGGAGCAUCUUCCCAAGAGCAUCCUGCGCACGCUGCCCCGGGCGUUGCUCCUGGAAGCCAAGGCCCUGUACUCGACCCUGGGGCCUGGCAGUCGCUACCAGAGCUUGGCCCAGGAGAUGCUGACCUGGGCCCAGGAGAAGAUCAGCACCGAGAGCGCGGCGAGGUAUAUCCUUCAGACGCUGAACAUCGAUGAGUCUAGCGCCAAAGUCUUAUACUUGCCCUGCUCGGGCUUCGACAACUUCCCCUCCUACUUGACUGCCUCAGUCUUCCACGGGCUGGUCAGCCUCCUUGGGGACAGGGUGAUUGAUGUGCCGGAGUACGUGUACGCGUACCGUUUCGACAACGGCGGGGAUCUGGACGAAGACAUCCGGAUUCGUUCCAACAUUUGGGGACAGGGCUUCACGCUGGGCUUCAAGCUGGCUCAGCGGCCCUUCCUGAACCGCCGGAACAUCUCUGCGCGGAUUCGAGACCGCGAGUUCGAUCUCAUCAUCUUCGCUCGCAUGAGCCCUUACGAGCCCUGCAACUUCUAUGCGGACUUCGGAGAUCGCUCCAACGCGGUGCCCCAAUUCUUCGAGGAUGUGUCGCGGAGCUAUCCCCGGGAGCGCGUGGCGCUUUUGUACGGCGACGACUCAGGACUGGACGACGCGGUCAUCCGCACCCAGCUGUACAGAAUGGGGCCGAUGAACAAGGGCCUGGGCAUAGUCUUCAUGCGUGAGAUGCUGCCCUUUGUGUCAGAAGGCCUUUCUGGCGAGACCUUGCGCCCAGUGGACGGUCGGGUGCUGCAGCCGGGCUGCUUCUACCAGGAGUGGCUUGACUUUUUCAGCCUCUGGCGCUCCAAAUGGUGCCAGCCCUGCCUGGUGCAGUGCGUGGCUUCUGGGGACUGCUCUGCCAUGGAGCUACUCAUGGAGCUUCCAAACUAUGACCUGCUGGAGCCACCAGAGGAUAGCUCCGCGCAGCAGCUCUUCUGCAGCAGCGGCUUUCUUCUGAAGGCGGCGGCUUUGGUGCAGUAUCUCCAGCCGGACGCCUGCAUGGAUGACCCGCAUUGCCGCACCUACUGCGAGGUGAGCCUGGACCGGUUCGGGCAGCGGCUGCGAGCUGCGCCGGCGCAGGCCUUCUUUGAGGAGACGGGCGUGAGCAGCCACCAGGUUCUGCUUCUCCUCUCCCAGGGCUGCGCAGGAGCGCAGCUGGCGCUGCAGCCAGCUAGGCACUCCAGCCAGGUGGCGCUGGUGGCAGACAAUCCCUUCCAAGCUGGAAGCGCUUUGACCGGGGAGUGGCAGGCGCGGCAGUUGCUGGCACAAGGCUUCAACCUGCAAUACUUUGGCGAUGCCACCGAAGAGCAGGUGCCUGUGCGCUUGCAGCCGGCCCUCGGCUUCGGAGCCUUGCGGCUGGCGCCCUGGCAGGGCUGUGGAGAUCUGCAGGGCUUUGCCUGGGCGCACCUCUCCGAAGAAGCGCUGCCCUGCCUGCUGGAAGGCGGAAUCCAAGUGGAGCAGCUCACUCUGCAGCUAACCAACUCCACAUGGCAUGCUGUGGCGCUGCUUCUCGCAGCGGGCUUUUGCCGCUUCAAGGUGACUCGACUUCUGCCUCGGGCCCUGGGCAGCCUCCUGGGGGAGUUGGCCACGGAUUUCCAGCAGGGCCUCACUUGGCGCAGCGCGCGCCAACUGCUGAGCGCCCAGCUGCCGCCCGACGGGCAGCUCCACGCGGAGCGAUGCGAAAGCGAAAGCGCCACGCCCUGCGAUGCCACGGGGCCCACGGGGCCCACGGGGUCCACGGGGCUGGCUGGGGGUUGGUCGCUCAAAGUGAAGAGCUCCAUCGAGUGCAGAAGACAUGACCUGUCGCAAGUCCAAAUUUUCGCGAUUCGACCUCGGCUGAAGUUUCGCUGGGAUGCCUUUUGGGCUCAGAGCUGCAGAUGGAUAGCGUCUGAUGAGGAUGAGGACACCGCCCAGGUACGGGUCUCCCGUGCAGAGCUGAUGCGGGGCCACAGGCCUGUGGUGGUGUCGGAGGUGCCUGUCUACGUGGCCCUGGAGGACCGGGAAGGGCGGCGCUUCGAGGACAAGGGCUCCUGUCAGUACGUGCGCUAUCGCUGGAUGCGAGGGCCUGUCAUCCAGCCCUGCUUCUUCCACCCCCACAAGAUGUCACAGAUCCGGGAUGUGGCCAAGACCUUUAAUCACUACUGCUCCCGGGAGUGCUUCUUGCGGGGCUGGCACCAUUUGCCUGCUCACCACUGGGGCAAAAAGCCCGACGACGCCAGCUUCGAGGAGCCCUUGGCAGAGUGGACCCAAGUGGCCGAGACCAGGCAGUACUGCCCCAGCCAUUUGGACAUUGACCGGCCUUUGCGCAUGGACAUCAUCCCCCUGACCAAGGACGGCCGGGAGUGCGUGACGGGCAUGAUGUCCAUCACCACAGGCACAGUGAUCCCCACGCCGAAGGAGGCAAGAAUGCGACAAAUGAUCAGCAAUGGCGGGACCUUCAACGCGGAGUGGCUCAGCAAGCAGUUCAAGGUGAUGAACUGGAACAUUCUGGCAGACCUCUAUGCGACUGAGAAUGUGUACCCCUACUGCGAGAAGUGGGCGCUCUCCUGGAAUUGGCGCAAGCACCUCAUCAUCAAGGAGCUGAAGUCUAUGGCCGCCGACAUCAUCACCUUGCAGGAGGUGCAGAAGGACGCCUUUGAUGACUGGUUCCGGCCCACUUUGGCGGAGGUGGGCUACGAGGGCAUUUUUCAAGCGAAGAAGAGGGAGCCCAUUUUUCAUCGUGGAAAGUACACCACAGAAGGCUGCGCCACCUUUUACAAGACCACACGCUUCAAGAGGCUGGACAAGGCAAUUUUCGACUACGACAAGCUGUCAACGCAGGAACUGCGCGCCAGCAGCAUGGACCCGGAUAUCGAGGCAGAGGCAAUCCGCAGGGUGAACCGCGGCAACAUUGCGCUCGCAGUGAUCCUUGAGGAGUGGAGCUCUAGAGCAGCGGAGAGCUGCUCCGUGUGA